AUGCAGCACUACACAUCGCCGUACAGUGCACCCACAGCAGCGCGGCUACGGCAGCGCGGGCGGAGACAGCGCUCGUCCAUCUCGCUCCUCGUCGACCGCGAAGCUCCCCGUACCCUCCUCUCGUUCGCACGGCGCAAGGCGGGGUCACUGGCAUCCCUCGGAAUAGGCGUGCUCGUCGGACUGCUGAUAGCGAGCUUGCUGGGCGGGAGCCAGCCCGCAGCGGUACCAUGGAAGGGAUCGGCCGUCGUCGAGACUUGGACGCAGCGGCAAGGGACGCACCGCAACCUCGUCUCGCUCCCGACGCUCGAGCAGCGCGAGCGCGUCUUCAAGAUCCUCUCGACCCUGACAGGGUACCACACGCGGUACUGCCUGCGGAACGCGCAAAAGGCGUACCGGCGGCAGAUCUACGAGCGGUACGAGCCGCUCGUCGGGUACGAGCAGCAUGGGAAGCGCAAGGGCUUGCGCGGGCACCUCAAGGCGAUCGUGCCCAAGGUCGCGCGGAGAGGGUUCUUUGGCGGCGCAGACGACGAGAAGACCGAGGUCGAGCAGAUCUUUUCGCACCACCGCGACGGAGGCAGCGGCGGCGGCAACUCGCUCUCGCGCUCGUACGAGGGCCACAAGUACUUCUUCGCCAUCAACCUGUACAACUCGUUCGAUAUCAUCCCCGACCUCUUCAGCAACAUGUUCAAGGUCUCCGCCAUCCUCGGUUUCCAGAACGUCUUUGUCUCCGUCUACGAGAACGGAUCAAAAGACCAGACCAAGGCGCUCCUGCGCCUGUUCGACGCCCUCGCGCGCUCGAUCGGCCUCCGCGUCGUCAUCCGCACAUCGCUCCGAACCCGCGGCGCAUUCAACCACCGCAUCGAGUACCUCGCCGAGGUCCGCAACGCCGCGCUUGCCCCGCUGUGGGAGCUCCGAGACGCCGAGGGCGAGGUGUUUGACUCGAUCAUCUUCAUGAACGACGUCUUGCCCUGCGUCGACGACCUCCUCGAGCUCGUGUGGCAGAGUCGCCGCCAGAACGCCGGCAUCACCUGCGGCAGCGACUACAUCUUCCACGACGAAGUGGGACAACCCGUCUUCUACGACAACUGGGUUGCUCGUGACAUGAACGGCACUGCGCUCGAGAACGCCCCCUUCGAAGCCGUCUUCCGCGACAUGGAGUCGUCGCACCGUUUCCAGCGCCACCUGCCCGUCCAAGUCCAGUCCUGCUGGAACGGUAUCGCCGUCCUCGACCCCGCGCCGUUCUACGCCCACCCGCACGUCAAGUUCCGCAUGGCGAAGCUGUCGGCGGGUGAGUGCUCGGCCUCCGAGUGUUCGUUGAUUUGCAACGACUAUUGGCAGGCCGGGUACGGGCGGAUCAUCAUGAUCCCGCGCGUCAAGCUGGCUUACGACCGGCAAGUUUGGGACAUUAUCCACCCGGAACGACGGAACCUCACCUACAUCCGCGGCUACACCCGGCUCGGCGGCAACCCCGACGACCCGCACUCGGACCCGCAGGACAGGAGCUGGUACGGACCGCACGACAGGCUGUUCCGUCAGGAGGAGAGCGAGGCCAUCAACUUCCGCCAGCCGCCCAAGUAUGUCUGGUGCUGGGGAUGGGACGGCGCCGGAGACCUCGAAGGUCCCGACGUUGAGUCUGUGUGGGAGCAAACGCCGAACCAGACGAUUGACCCUAUCGUUGUCCGACACGACCGCUCGUUCACCGCGACCUAA